GCAUCAUACGCACAAUACGUAACAUUCUCUCUCUGAACAAAAGAAAGGGUAGUAGAGAAAUAGGGCGGAGCAGCUGUUUGUUGCGGAGUAUUUCCAAAACCACUACCAGAAUCCACCAAUUCCUGUGAUCAAAUUUGUUACAAAACCCUAAAGUUUCUGUCUUUGCAUUCUGCUUGGUCUUUAUAGUAAACACUCACUUCUCAUCACCCCUUAUUUUCUUUCAUUUCUGGCAAUUUUUUUUUUCUUCUUCCCUUAAUUGGAUUGUAUUUAUAGCCUUUAUUCAUAUUCCCUUAUGUGAGAGGAUCAGCGUAUUGCAUUUCGGAUAUUGCCUAAAUCUGAAGAGGCCUUAGCCAAUUGUGUUUGAUAAUUAUAUGGUUGGUAUAUAAAGGCUGAGUCUUUGGAGGAAUUGAGCUGAGGGUCUGUGUUUUGAUUCAUCCAUUUUUGCCGUUUUUUAAAAAAUAAAUUUUGAGUCUUUUUUGUUUUCUGAGCUUUUGAUUCAAUGGCUGCCGGCGCUGAGGUGUGUGUUGAGACAGCAAUGGUUGAGGCUCCUGCUGUUGUUGAGAAUUCUUCUCCGGCACCAAAUUCCGGCAAAAUUUCUGAUGCUGGCUCUGAGCUUAGCGUCAAUAAUGCGAAAUCUGAGUCGCCGGCGGAUGGCCAGAAGGACUCCGGUUCUAAUUCGAGCCCGGAAUCGGAGUUUCAAAUGCGGGAUAUCGUUAAUAUGUUGAAGACAUUGAAGCUCAACCCACUGGCAAAAGAGUUCUUUCCUUCUUCCUAUGGCCGUGAUGAGGGGCUCAACAAUUUUGUGGCAGCUAAUAAGGCUUUGGGGGCUGAUGGUUUCCGAAAUAACAGAAGGAGAGGAAACAACUAUAAUCAGGGCCGAAGCAACCGAAUGAACAAUAGAGCUUCUAGAGCUCAAAGAGAAGAUAGCAUAAGGCGAACUGUCUAUGUUUCUGACAUUGAUCACAAUGUUACGGAAGAGCAGCUUGCUGCCUUAUUUAGUGCGUAUGGACAAGUCGUUGACUGCAGAGUUUGUGGCGAUCCUCACUCCCAUCUUCGCUUUGCUUUUGUGGAGUUUGCCGAUGAAUACUCUGCUAGAGCGGCUCUUUGCCUUUCUGGUACGAUAUUAGGUUUUUCUCCGCUCAAGGUCCUGCCUUCGAAAACUGCUAUCCUUCCCGUGAAUCCUACAUUCCUUCCCAGGUCAGAGGAUGAACGUGAGAUGUGUGCUAGGACCGUUUACUGUACAAAUAUAGAUAAGAAGGUAUCUCAGGCUGAUGUCAAGACUUUUUUCGAAACGAGAUGUGGUGAGGUUUCUCGCCUGAGGCUUUUGGGAGAUCAAGUGCACUCCACCCGUAUUGCUUUUGUUGAAUUUGUCAUGGCUGAGAGUGCGAUUCUGGCAUUGGAUUGUUGCGGGGAAGUGUUGGGGUCCCAGCGUAUCAGGGUGAGCCCUUCAAAGACACCCGUGAGGCCACGAGUUGCUCGAGCUGGUAUGCAUUAGCCAGCCAGUCAUUCCAUGGUGGCCCGAGGGUCGGUCUAGAAGGCGGCAUUUCGCGCAAUACCCUUUGGUAGAGAGACAGACAGACAGGUUUUAGUUUAUGCAUGGAGAAGAUGGUUUCAGUAAUUUCAAUUCCAUCUUGUUUCUGCCAAACAUUUUAAUCUCUUUUUCCAGACACAACUCCCAACCUUUGUUUUAGCUCUCAAGUUUACAGUUAUUGCUGUGCUGUGCUGUUAGUUAAAAUGUCUUGGCAACCAGCAAUGCUUUGAUGUUUUGCAACUUU